AUGCAGCGGGUAAGGCUGAGCGGGGCGCGGCGCCCGCCGAGCCGUCGGUAGGGGCGGCCGGGGGUCGGUCCUUGCCCUGGGCCCGGUCGCCAGCCCGGGUUUGGCCGCCACCCCCCGCCCCGCGCCGGAGACCCCCGGGAGCUGCCAGCACCUCCCCCUGUCCCGCCCGCCCGAGGAUCCCGGUCAGGCGCGGGGGUUGGUGGGGCUAUGUCACCGUCCUCCUCCCGCCCCCGUUCCCGCCCCCGUUCCCGUCCCCGGCAGGUGCUGAGCCGGGCCGGGUGCGGGGGCCGCGGGGCUGCGGGUCGCGGGUCGCCCCGCUCCCCCCGGGCGUUGCCGGGGCCGCACGAGGGCGCCCAGGAGCACGUGCGGCCCCGCGGCUGGUGGCCGUGGCUGCAGCCCCCCGGUGCGGCCGGGACCCCCGUGUCCCCUCAGCCCCCCGGCUCCGCUUUCCAGGGCGCGGUGACUUUCCAGGAAGUGGCCGUUUACUUCUCCCCCGAGGAGUGGGUCGAGCUGGCGGCAUGGCAGCGGGAGCUCUACCGGGAGGUGAUGAUGGACAACUAUGACCUGGUUGCCAGCCUGGGCUUCGAGCUCCAGUUCAUGCACAAAAUGGAGCGGCUCGUGGGGGACGGCAGGGCUCCGGAUGCUGCUGGCACGUCUGCACGCGACACUGAGGAUGAGGAGCAGUGCUGCUGGGUCCGGUGCACGUCACCAGCCGGCGCUGGGGUGGCCGAGGAGUUGGGGUACCCCACGCUGUGGCGUGAAGCAGAGCCGGGGGCCUGGGCCGGGACCCCCACCGCGGGGGCCGGGGGGCUGCUCAUCUGUGGCACCUGCGGGCAGAGCUUCAAGGACGAGGCCGGGCUGAGCACGCAUCAGGGCGAGCACUUACACGUGGGCCCCUCCUACGAGUGCAGGGCCUGCGGCAAAGCCUUCCGCCACCACCGCAACCUCCUGACGCACAAGAAGCACCGCGGCCGGCACCCGCACGUCUGCACCGAGUGCGGCAGGGCCUUCUGCCUCAAAGGAGACCUGCUGCGGCACCGGGCGAGCCACGGCGGCGAGGGCCGCUACUCCUGCCCGCUCUGCGGCCACGGCUUCCGGCACAAGCACGAGCUGCAGGCACACGGCAGGGAGCACAACGAGGAGCACAGCAAAGAGCACACCAGCCACACGUGCCAGUGCCCCAGCUGCCAGGAACUCUUUGAGGACGAGGCCAGCCUGAGCCGGCACCGGGUGUCUCACUGCGAGGAGAGACCCUUCGUGUGCAGGCGCUGCGGGCUCAGCUUCAGCUGGAAGGAGAGUCUCCUCAUCCACCAGCGCAGCCACGCGCCCGAGCGCUCCCACAAGUGCCCGGACUGCGGGCGCAGCUUCAGCCACAGCGGGAACCUGCUGGUGCACCAGCGCGUGCACACGGGCGAGCGGCCCUUCGCCUGCGGACAGUGCGACAAGGCCUUCCGCAACAAGGCCAACCUCAUCACACACAAGAAGGUGCACCGCCGCUACAGGACCUUCGCCUGCUCCCAGUGCCGCCUGGGCUUCCGCUCCAACAGCAAGCUGCUGCUGCACCUGCGGGCACACGGAGAGGGGGACGGGGGCGCUCCCGGUGCUGGGGAGAGCCCGUGGAAGGGGGGUCGAGGCAUCCCGGGGGACACCGUGUCAUCCCGGUCCAAGGCAUUCCGAGGCUGGUGGAGGGGGGGUCGAGGCGUCCCGGUCCCGGACUACAUCUCCCGGCAGGCAGCGGGACGGGGGCCCUUUGUCUGCCGCGCCCGCCCCGGUGCGCCCGCGGCCAUCGGCGGGGAUGCGCGCCCGUCUGGGCGCGGCCGGGUCUUCUGGAGGGAGCCCAGGAGCCCGGCAAUGGAGCAGGAGGAGAAGCCAUUCAGGGGGGAUCCCCAGGAUGUGAGGCUGCGGGGGAUGCCCAAUACCUGUGGCACAGCUUUGUCUCCCUCAGGGAAGGGCUGGGCUGGCGUGAAGCCUGAGAUCAUCGUGAAAACAGAGCCAGAGGACGAGUUCUACAUCGGGUGUCCCCAGGGCCUGGGUGCCACCAUCCCCAGUGUCCCCAGCACUGGCAUCAAAGCCGAGGUGGUCAUUAAGAGUGAGCCCGAGGAUGAGGUGGAGGGUGAUGCUGAGCCGGAGAUCAUCGUUAAAGUGGAGCUGGAGGAGGAGCAGGAGCCGUACAUGGGAUGUCCCCGAGGUUUGGGUGACCCAGGAGCUCCUGGCCACUGCAGUAGUGCAGGCAGCCAGUGGUGUCCUGAGGAGGGGCCAGAGGAGGUGAAACUGGAGCCAGCCGAGCUGGGCAGAGGCCUUGGAGCUGCUGCAGAAGACUCCUUUGGGCCCCGGCCCCGCAUCAGCCAGUGGACGGUGCGGCAGGCACAGGGUGCUGUGGCUGAGCUCUGGCACAGCCAAAUGACCCCCGAUGUGCCACGGGCCACCCCCGAGCCCCGGGUGCUGUGCCCAGAGAAGGAGCCGGCUGCAGUGGGGCCAGUGAGCGGUGCUGGGCAGAACCCCCCCACAGCCACGGCCCCCAGUGCCACGGCGGCACAGCAUCCCCGCAGCCACAGCUCCGAGCGGCCCUUUGCCUGCAGCGAGUGUGGGAAGAGCUUCCAGCACCGGGGGAACCUGGUCACCCACCUGCGGGUGCACACGGGGGAGAAGCCCUUCGCCUGCACCGUCUGUGGCAAGAGCUUCAGCCAGAAGGGUGACCUGAUGCGGCACCAGCGCAUCCACACCGGCGAGAAGCCCUUCGAGUGCGGCGUCUGCGGCAAGAGCUUCUGCUCCAAGCAGACCUUCGUCCUGCACCAGCGCAUCCACACCGGCGAGAAGCCCUUCUCCUGCACCGAGUGCGGCAAGAGCUUCAACCGCAAGGCCAACUUCCUCACCCACCAGAAGAUCCACCGCGGCGAGCGGCCCUUCAUCUGCGCCGAGUGCGGCAAGGGCUUCUGCGCCAAGAAGACCUUCAUCCUGCACCAGAAGAUCCACGUCGGCGACCGGCCCUUCGGCUGCGCUGAGUGCGGAAAGAGCUUCAGCCGCAACGGCGACCUGACGCGGCACCAGCGCAUCCACACCGGCGAGCGGCCCUUCGCCUGCGCCGACUGCGGCAAGUGCUUCAGCCACAACGGCGAGCUCAUCAAGCACCGGCGCAUCCACACCGGCGAGAAGCCCUUCGGCUGCGCCGACUGCGGCAAGAGCUUCAACCGCAAGGGCACCCUCAUCACCCACCAGCGCAUCCACACCGGCGAGCGGCCCUUCGCCUGCCCUGACUGCGGCAAGACCUUCAACCUGAAGACCACGCUGAUGAAGCACAAGCGCAUCCACACCGGUGAGCGGCCCUUCGCCUGCCUCGAGUGCGGCAAGAGCUUCAAGUACAAGGGCAACCUGCGGACCCACCACCUCACGCACACGGUGGAGCGGGUCUACCCCUGCACCGAGUGUGGGAAGGUCUUCAGGCACAAGAAGGAGCUGGCGGCUCACCAGGGUGGGCACACCAAGGAGAGGAUCCUCUCCUGCUACCGGGAGGCAGAGCCCUUCAGCCCCUUGCUGGCCGCGCACCCGCUGCUCCUGCCCUGCGCUCAGCUCCCGCUGGGGGCUUUGGCCAAGUACAACUAGGAGGGUGAGAAACAGCAGGGAGAGCCACUAGAGACUGUGGGGCAGCCCUGGGGCUCCCUUUGCAGUUGGGAUCCCUCUGUGGCCAAGUUUGCACCCCUCCCCCUCGUUCCUCUUCCACCUGCUCUGGGCAGCCACUAGCCAAAGGCUUUGUCUCAUUGCAGCCCAGGCUCCUGCGGCACUGCUGGGAAGCGAGGAGCCAUCUAGGGGACCAGGGGUGUGGAGGAGGGUUGCUCCUGGGCAAACUAUCCCCCCUCAGCUGCUGCUGGAGGAGCAGGGGGGUUAGGGGGGCUCCCAGGGCUGGCCAGCUGUCUGACCAACCUGCUGUGUGGCUCAAGGAGAAACUCGGGGCUUCCUCCCCUGGGGCUUCCUCCUUUCUGUUUUCCCAUCUGUGAAAUGGGGCAACACCACUUCCUGCAGCCCCCCCUACCCUGAGGGGAUUCACCUCUUCCCAACACUGCAAAGCCCCCCUGGGCUGGUGCCUACAGGGGUGGGGGCAGACCAGGAGCAGCUGAGCUGAUGCACGAGGGUCCCCCAGCGAGCCCCAGGG